GCCGCUGACAAACUAGAUGUGCACGUUGGGCGACUUGUCUGCACGAUUUAAUCUUCAUUUGUGCCCGUAUUUUUACCUGGCCAUUUUGCAUCGUUCAUGUGAUGUGUUCGUGCCGCACAAGGGAGCGGCCUGUCUAUCUGAGUAGCAGCGGUCCUGCGUCAGUCACAGGUACACUGCCUGUGCUAAAGGUGUGAGAAAGACGCAGCUGAGAUACAAGACCUCGCUAGAGAUCAGUGAUAUUUAGUUAGAAUUCUUUAAAAUUCAUUAUGAUUUAACUUGCUACUCUGAAAUGUAUGUAUUGUAUGGAAAACACACGGACAUACCCAUUGACAGUUAUCGAGUCAUUUUUAUGGAAACGUUCGAACGACAGCCGUCCUCGUUAAAUGAUCAGUGUUGGUGAAUCGUCACUCUUUGUGUAAAGCAAUCCAGUCAAUGUCAAGUUCAUAUAUUCGUGGAAAUUCAUAAAUUGCGUACAGCUUAGCGAAUCAAACAUGGCGAGUGAUGAUCCAGUCCAGGCCUUGCCGACAAUGGCUUUAAUCGAUCGCUUCAAAGGUCUUAACAAGCGACUAAUUGUGAUACGAGAUUCACUAAAAGAACGGUUGCAGCUUCAGAUAAAAGCUUUCAAUGAGGUCCAUAUUCUCAGGGAUCAACUUCGUCAUCAACAUGCUGCGUAUAACCAAAGAAUAGGUCAACUUGCUCACCUAUUUGAACCGAUCACCAUCGCAUCGUUUAAGAUGCAGGACGCACCAGAGAUGCUACCUCUAUAUGAACGAACGGGCUCUGUGAAAGACGUCAAUAGCGAGUUCGGUGAGAGUGACAAGCAAAGUGACCUUUGCCCCGCCGUUUUGCAGUUUGACUUAGACGAAGAAGAUUUCGAUCAGGUGGAGGGGCAUUCGACCGCUUCAGGCAGCAAUUCAGACAAGGAUAUAGAUCAAGAUAGGCAGUUUGGUCAAGAACUGUUCAAAGAAGACAAAAAGAUUGUUCGCGUUGAAGAUGAGUUGGAAAUGCAGGUAUCUGCAAACGGUGGCUCUGUCGGUCAUGAGAUACGACCUGACGAAUCUAAACAGGAUGCAGAAUACGAGUACGAACCAGAGCUCAUUCCCGAAGAAGACGAAGACGAAAAUGACCAUGGCCACGACUCUGGAAUGAGCGAAUCUUCCCAGACUGAAAUGCCUAUGCAGUCACAGCCACGCACUGUUGUGCGUUAUCAUAUCUUAGAUGAAGAGACGCACAAGAUCGAGGAAGAUCAGGAAGCGGCUGAAUGCAACGAAAGCCAUCGCAACGAAGAUGAAGACUAUUUUUUAGUCGAGCAACCGCAAGAGACAAGUACGCAUGUCGUCAACGCACUUCAACGUAACCCCUCACCAAACCGAAGCGUGCGUCCCAUCGGGGAACUCCAAUUGUCCAAUGAACUACAUCUGUCAGCGGUGCUUUCGACAUCGGGGCUAGGCAACCGGCCAUCGGGCAUGUUUGAAAGCACGCGAAGCACAGCCACUUGUACGGAUCCGCAAGAACUACUUAGUCCUGAAAUUGCACUUUCUUCCCCUUUGGCUGACCAGACAGAGAUACGGGAACUAACUUUUAAUCGGACAAUGGACGCAUCCUUUUUGGACGAAGAACGUUCUCGAUCAGAAAACCUGACGAACGACCUUGUGCCAUUAGCAAGCGAAACGAUUAUUCGAAUCCCUAGUCUUGCUCCUGGUCAGGAGCUCAGACUGGUCCUGAUGAUAAGAAGCGAUCCUGAAGGAAUAGUAAACGGAAAAAUAUCUUGCUCUAAAGCGACGCCCUCCGACUCGCAGACGCCAUCAACGACGCCGGAAGAAACAUAAAAAUGACAAUUCUGUAACACUCUAGCUUAAAUUUAGGUUUUUGCAUGACCUGUUACAUGGGUUCAGAUAUAUCCAUGCGUAAAUACGUAAAAAUAAUAUAAUAUAUUCGUAUGUCAGGUAAUUCCCAUCAGAGCAGUAAUGUAGCUUUACAUAAUAUAGUCAUUCCAGUGUCAUAUAUAUAUAUAUAUAUAUAUAUAUUAUAGUACUAGAUACUGAUCUCGAACGGUGCGAUCAUGACAAAUGGCGUAUGUAAUGCUUUCGAGUUGGACUGGCUAUAUAAAAUUAAGUUUAAUCAUGUGUUGAUUUAUCAUUUUCUACAAAAGAAAACAAUGCGUUGCUUUGCAUUAUUU